GCGGCGGACAGGGCAAGGCUAGCACGCUAGGCAAGGCAGGGCAAGGCGAGGCAGGGGGGCGCGCGCAUCGUGGAUGCUUCACAGCGUACGGCCGUGCAAGGGGGCGGUAGAGGAGGGGCGUUUAUGUUGAUCCCCGACAGGGCUCGAGAGAGGAGGGGCCAAUCCGGGACCCCCGCGCGACGCUUGGUGGUGGGGAUCCUUCCCUUGAGUCGGGCUGGCUGGGUGAAAGGGAGAGGAAGCAUGGGGGAUUUUGGUCUUCGUUUUGUCCCAAAGAAGGAAGUUUGGGAGACCCGAGACCGAGGGGUUGGUCGUGUGGGAGUGGGAGUGUGUGUUGGAAGGGAUAAGCGCGUGGAGGAGAAAAAAAAAAGCAUAUUGCGCACUCCUUCACUGGCCUUGCCGACAGAGCCGCACGUCCAUCACAAACUCCGGCUAGGGGGGAUGAGGUUUACCGCAAAGGAUCACUCGGCGAGGAGAGGGAGGGUUUUGGUGAUCACCUAUCAGAAAACCUCUCCCCUGAACGCGGACUCCGGGGAGAUCAUGGACAUGAGGUCACCGGUCCAACUUUCCAGUGGCCUGCGGGAUAGAGAUCGGCCGAUGGGGGUUCCAGAGGGCCAAUAUCCAGCACACAUUCGCCACGCCGAGCACUCGCGGAAACCAAUAUUCUGUCGAGCUCUGUCCGGUUUGGGGGAGGCGGCCCGGGUCCAAGCACCGCCCAUGUGAAUCGACGGGGGUUUUUCUGUCUUGUCGACUCAUGACGGCAUCAAACAGGGUUGGGCAAACAAGAGCAGGAGACAUCACCGCCCACGUGGGAAAGAAACAGCGUCAAACCCGAAAGGCGUCUCAAGACCCUCCACAGGGAGACGUUUGCCGUCACAACCACCCCUGAGGAUGGAAGCAAAACAAACAAAUUCCAAGAGAGAAACACAAUACCAAGACGCUUGGUGGUGAGCUAUGUCUUUGCUUCUUGCUGCUCUGCCCGCCACCAGCAAAGCAAAGACAACAAAAAAAAAAGAAAAAAAACGUGCAACGAAAAACACACGCAUAAACACCAUGGUUCACCCGCUAGAGGCCGUUCAACCGCACGCCCAAGGGGGAAAGGGAAGGGCUUCACACGGACGAUCUGGUGCCUGGAUAGGAAUAUCGCGAUAACGAAUGUCCUUCCGAAUCCAGGCUGGCGCCGCUCUUCCCUCAGCGCCACGCCCGCCGCCUGGCCGGUGUGCGAGUGUGCGUGCGUGUGUGCGUCCGAAGCAUGAGUGCCCGACAUGCUUUAGCUAGUCGGGUACCUAGCUCCCUCCCUACGUGAGUAGGUCGGCUAGUGCCCUUCUUUCCUCUCCCCUCCCCCCUGCGUGCAAGGGAAAGAGUGGGCUUUCUUUGGUCCCGCCUCUCCGCAAGGCGCGAGACGAGAAAAAGAAGAGAGAAAAAAAAGAGGCGGGUGGCAUCCAGAGUGCCAGGCAGGCGAGCCAGUUCACUGGAUGGGCUCCUCCCGCAAGGGGAGGGAGGGGUGGUGGGAACUGGGGGCCUCGGAUGAUCUCCAGUGCGCUACGGGAGACGCUGAGGCGCAUCCGAGAUUGCCCUGGGCAUCGGCAUCGAGAUGGGAUUUGCUUGUUGUGUUGCUGUGUGAUGUGUUUGGUGGGAAGCAGGGAACAAGAAAGCACACGCCCCCCUUUAUUUUGGGACAGGUGGUUGAUGAUUUGCUGUCUUUGGUAGCUGGAAGGACGGGAAGUAUUGUCUAUGAUCCCUGGCAGAGCCUAGGCAGAGAUGGGCUUGCCCAAGUGCCCUGGUCCGGCUCUGGGGGAAUAUUGGUGUUUUCCUUUUUGCUGUGACGAGGGUUGGAUAGGUAGGUGUACAGGGUCUGAGGGUGUACUGGAUACUGGAUGUACCUCUGUACUUGGCAGGUUCACAAUAUGCCCGCCCCCCAUUUGACGGCUGGCACGGGACAGGCCAGCAUCGCUUGGCCCUGAAGAUCCCUCGUCCUGGUCCCUCCCCAAGCCGCAACAGGGAAUCCUCCGGGGCGGGGGACCGGCGCGGUUACAUAGCACGUCUCGCGGUGGGCCGUGGCGCGCUAGCCUGUUCGGGAGCUGUUAAGCGUGGAGCGUCGUAUUGGGGCAAGCCCUUUCGGCAUCUCGAGGAACCGUCGUGUCGGGAGGGGGAUCGACUGAUUUGCGCCUGGGGAGGGGUGUGUGUUUUGUGGGAUGGGAGGAGAGUGGGUCUUGUAGCUACUUUGUUCACACGGUAAAGUGAAGGAGAAAAAGCAAAAAUGCCAUGCAGGAGGAUUCAAAAUGAGAAGGGG